AUGACGAACCGACCGAGGAACGUUGCUGUUCCAGUCUCUGCCACGAACUGCAUAACAAAGUUGAGACGAUGUUUUCUCUUCGAGAAGAAUCCAUGCCAACCAGAGGACUGUUCAGAAUUGGAAAAAUUGGAAUUGCCUCGGCGUCAUUCUGUUACAACGGGAUAUGAAACAGUAUCAACGAUAACCGAACGAGGCGAAGAUCGGUGAAGAGAACUGUAGUGUGUGCGCCGGAUGUAGGACAGAGUACCGGAAGAGGACGAGUUCUGAGAAUAAUUGUUUCAGCGCAAAAUCGACCGUGACUCACGACGACAUUAAGUCACGCAUCCUACGUAAAUCCUGCGAUUCAUUAUAUACAACUGACAUGGUGACAUCAUCAAUUUUCCCUUAGAAAAACACGUUAAAAAAAGACCGUCAUAAAUCAAUAUUUGAUACGAUCUUGCAUCACUGCCAAAAAUAAAUGUCAAAACGUUCCGCACCGAUUCUGGCGCGAAAAUAAAGAAUAUUAAAUAUAUAUAAAUCAUCUUUUGCAUAUCGUUGAAUUGUGAAAGAGCUCUGCUUCGUUUAGCUCUUAGAAGCUCAUAGAAAUAAUUAAUAUUAAUUCUUGGAGCUAUAUAUGAUAUAAUUUUAUAUAUAAAAUUGUAAGAGGGGAGUCUAGAAAUCUAUAAACUAUAACUUGUCACUUUACUAAUAUCAGUUAAUGGAUUAUUGUAAAUAAUUAUAUAAAGAAAUAAUUUCAUGUAUAACUCUACAUAUGUAAAAUUGUAAAACGAAAGUCUAAAGAUCUACAAACUUGUCAUUUUCACUAAUAUCAACUGAUAAUUUAUUGUAAAGUUAUAUGAGGAAUAAUUUCAUAUAUAAUUCUAUAUAUGCAAAAUUGUAAACGGAAAGUCUAAAGAUCUAUAAACUUGUCAUUUUCACUAAUAUCAAUUGAUAGAUUAUUGUAAAGUUAUAU